ACAAAUUUUACAUAUAAAAAAUAAAAGUUCGUUCUUUAUAAUACCACUUGCAUAUCAUAUAUAAAAAGUUUUUACAUAGAUUGCACAAUUAAUAUGCUUCAAUUGAUUUGCGUACAGCUUUUAAAAAAUAUCGCUUGAUUUAUAAUAAUAUCACCUACGCUUAUAUAAUUUCAAUCUGUCUCUGACACAUUUUUGCUACUAUUUAUAUUACUACUGCUAAACGCAGAGGUUAUCACCCGAUGCGAUUUGUAAUUAGGACACUAGAUUAACAAGUCGAUCGAUUGGCGAUUAUCAAGUUAUUAAAAGCGAAAACUAUUAGAAGAAAUUGAUAAUUGAUUACGCAUUCGUUGAAUGAUCAUGAAAAAAAUUGUAAUCAAUCAUUUUUCCUUGUUUAUCGUAAUAUUUUGCUACACUGUAUCACUCUUACCUUUAGAUAACUGAUGCACUUGUCGACGAGAUGUCUGCUGACGUGCGAAUACACGGCGGAGAGGGGAUCGUCUAGCAGAUGAAUAUCUGUACCUUUGUAGACCGCGCGCGCCAGGUUGAUUCUGGCACGCUGGCCAUUGUUCAAAUUUAUUCUCCUCUCGUCCACGGUCGCAAUGAAGAAACGAGUCUGAUGAAGCCGGUAUUCAUAACUCCGAUCACUUGAUCGUAAUGCGACUGUUCGUCACAUUUAUCCAGAAUGUUCACGGAAGACGUAAAGAAGAUCGAUGAUAUGCUGACUGUCGGCAGUUAAUUUUACCACAAAUUUACGAUGCACUUCCACUCAUCAAUGGGUAGCCACAGACUACUCUUAUUUGACCGAGCAUACCUACGAAUCUUCCGGAAGAAAAAGCUUUACUAUACGAAUAUACUCACAUGUCGAAGAUAUUUUUGCAAGUGUGACCAACAGGAUCGACAGUGUUUUUGUAUCUAAGACUUCUUAAUUUCGUAAAUAGUUCAGAUGUAUAUUUACAAUAAAUAAGUUUUAAUAUGUUAUGUUAUAACAGAUAAUAUAGAAAUGUAGACGAUACUUGAUGUAAUAUCUCUGCUUUUGUAAAUUUUUUAUUUCUUCUCUUUAUAAUUUUUAGAGAAAGACUCAACGGCAGCUAACGUCUUAUCACUUAGCAGGGUAGCACGGUUUUGCCACGUAUAAGCAUUGCGCUUAUGAUGCCGCACGUGUUUCGUCGGAAAUCAGUUGAUACAAUAGAUACAUUUAAUAAUGCGCGGCACGCGAAGACGAUUACGCUAAUGAUAUUACUAAAUAUUUAUUAGGAACAUUGAGAACUGUCCGUAUCAUGUUUAUUGUGAAAUCGCUGCAAUUUUUCUACGCUGUACCAAAUAUAAAGAAUAUAGAAGACGCCCUAGAUACGAGGAAGAGCCGAAGGAGCGGCUUUUCAUGAGACGGUAAGAUAAUUAGUGCGCCAGAGGAAAAAUGCCGGUUAAUAACAGCUUGAUAGCGGAUCGGCUAUUAGGCUUUUAUGCUAGAUAUUAAGUGUAUAUCUGAAAUAGCAAAAUGGCAAGAUAAGUUACAAACAUGAGUCUAAUCCAGAUGUUAUAUACAUUACGAGCGUCGCAUGCAUGGGUAAAUCGCGGCAACCGAAUCUGAUUCGCAACGAAACGAAUCGAAUCACAGUCGCGGACGAUCAGUUGAUGAAAAACCACGACUCGAUUUGCUAUGAAAAACGGAUCUUCUCCAUCGGAGGGAUAUGGCCGUUCAAGCGGACGUACGUCCGCUUCGCGAUUUACAUCUCGCAUUUCACGCUUUAUCUCGCCAUGGCGUACACCGACUUUUACGACGUUUUCGGCAAUUUGGAGCUGAUGGUGAUGAACCUCGUGGAAACGGCGGCUUACUCCAUGACGUUCCCGAUAGUGUGGCUGAUACGCUGCAGCAAUUUGCUGAAGCUCGUGAUUGACGUGAUAAAGAGGGACAUAGCCGAGCGGAAAUUCGAGAAUCCCGAGGAGGAAAGGAUUUACUACAAUUACAAUUUCGUAUCCAAGGUAUUCACGUACGGCUCGAUCGUCGGCAUGUUCAUCACGGUCGUACUGCUGUACCUCAGACCGCUCGUGCAGUAUCUCUUGACCACAAAUCAAGCGUCACAAAACAAUACGGAGUCAUUAAUGUUACCCUACAGAGUCCAUCCGUUUCUCGACACCAGCAAUACUCAUGCAUACGUACUGAUGUAUCUCUAUCUGUUUCCGAUGAUUUACAUCUCCGUGUGUCACAUGGCGGCGAUUUGCCUGGUGGUAAUAUUGGUAUUCCACAUUUGCGGCGAAUUGUCCAUUUUAUCGUAUCGCAUCAGACACAUUGGUGAAUACUCGCAGACCAAGACGGUAGAGAGAAUUCGUAGCUUCGUUCGAAUGCAUCUCAAGAUAAUAUGGCUGGCGAAAUCCGUGGACGAUACUUUCAAUUUGGUUCUUAUGGAUGAACUCCUCGGCAAUAGUAUUGUACUGGCUAUCUCGAUGUAUUAUGUCAUAAUGAACUUGGAUGUAUCAGAAAUAGCGACCUGCUGCACUUUUACUUUUUUCGCCAUUAUUGCGCUCGUCAUGCUCUUCGGAUAUUGCUUGAUUGGUGAUCAACUAACGCAACAGUGUAUAAACGUGCAGGAUGCGUACUACGAAUGCAAUUGGUACGAAAUGCCGUCCAAUUGCAAGAAAUGUCUGCUAAUAUGUAUGAUUCGGGGUCAAGUUAUGCUCUAUUUAACUGCCGGAAGAUUUUAUAUAUUUUCUUUAAACAGUUUUACGGACGUUAUCAAAACUUCCUUGGCAUAUUUGUCGAUGCUGCGUACUCUGCUAUAAAGAAUUAUGGAAAAAAUUAUAUAUGGCUCACAAUACUAUAAUACAAAUCUGUAUGUACUGUAUGUAAUACUAUAAUACAAAUCUGUAUGAACUACAGAUAGAGAAAUAUACUUAGAAUAUGCGCCAAA